AUGGCAACAGGCGUGACAUUUGACACGAGCAUGGGCUCAUUUACUGUCGAGCUCUACGACUCGCAUGCUCCCAAGACGUGCAAAAAUUUUGCGACGCUCGCACAGCGCGGUUACUAUAAUAAUGUCAUAUUUCACCGCAUCAUACCCAACUUCAUGGUCCAGACUGGCGACCCUACCGGCACUGGGAGGGGAGGAAGUUCUAUCUACGGCGAGAAAUUUGAAGACGAGAUUCGCUCAGACCUGAAACAUACUGGAGCAGGGAUAUUGAGCAUGGCAAAUAGCGGGCCCAAUACCAAUGGGAGUCAGUUUUUCGUCACAUUGGCGCCGACUCCCUGGCUCGACGGAAAACAUACAAUAUUCGGUCGCGUAAAGAGUGGGAUGAGGAUAAUCCAGCGCAUGGGGCUUGUGAAAACGAACAACGAGGACCGGCCGAUGGACGAGGUCAAGAUCCUGCGCGCCAGGAUUGUGGAAGAAGGGAACGAAGAGUGA